GGUGUUCACUUUUCAUUCGUUCCUCCAAAUUCCAAUCAUUUAACGGGUAUAAAAAUCUGAUCUUUGCAAGUAAUUAGCUUUCAAUGGUCCACGUCCGGUAAGAGUGCGUCUUCUUAAACCCCCGCCCGCCUAAACCUCCUGUUUAAUUCAAAUCAUGUUUCCUGAUGAUUCCCAUCUGUUUCGCAAUACCCAUUUAUAGCCAUCUCCAUAUUCAGUUCAAUAUACGCGAUUUGCAGUACAGUAUACGGAAUUGUGUUCGAAUAAAGUUCUGAAUAGCAUUGAUUUCCGUUUUCCGGAAUACCUGGACUGGAAUCUUGUGAAGGAAGGAAGAUCUCUCUUCUCUGACCCUUUCUCCGAUUUGUCCUCUUAUUAUUCUCUUUGUCUCACUUUAUUUGGUGCCUCAAUCAUGCCGGGCACUCAUUCUAGUAGUAACGCUGAAGCAUCCGCGGAGAAUAGGCUGACUCCCUCGACCUCCUUCAGGAGCCGGAGGAAGCCGGCUGCGUCGCGUGCCGGCUCCGAAGCCGAUGACUUCUUCAACCUCUUGCACGGCUCCGAUCCCGUCCGUGUUGAGCUCACUCGCCUCGAAAACGAAGUCCGAGAGAAAGAAAGAGAACUGGGAGAGGCACAUGCUGAGAUAAAGUCUUUGAAGUACUCUGAGCGCCUAAAAGAGAAGGCUGUUGAGGAGCUGACCAAUGAACUAAAUAAAGUGGAUGAAAAGCUAAAAAAGGCCGAAGCUCUUAUAGACAGCAAGAAUCUUGAAGUAAAAAAAUUAAAUGAUGAGAAAAAAGCUGCCCUGGCUGCUCAAUUUGCUGCAGAAGCCACUCUUCGGAGGGUACAUGCAGCUCAAAAAGAUGACGAAUUACCACCUAUCGAGGCAAUCAUAGCACCACUGGAGGCAGAACUAAAACUUGCAAGAUUAGAGGUAGCAAAACUUCAAGAUGACAAUAGAGCACUUGAGCGCCUUACUAAAUCUAAAGAAGCUGCUCUACUGGAAGCCGAAAAUACUGUUCAAAUGGCUUUAGCUAAGGCUGCUUUAGUGGAUGACUUGCAGAACAAAAACCAAGAACUGAUGAAACAGAUUGAGAUAUGCCAGGAAGAGAAUAAAAUUUUAGACAAAAUGCACAGACAGAAGGUUGCAGAAGUUGAAAAGCUAACUCAAACAGUUCGUGAACUAGAAGAAGCAGUAUUGGCUGGAGGGGCUGCGGCUAAUGCCGUAAGGGAUUAUCAGAGAAAAAUCCAAGAAAUUAAUGAGGAGAAAAGACUUCUAGAUCGAGAACUAGCUCGUGCCAAAGUAUCUGCAAACCGUGUAGCGGUUGUUGUUGCAAAUGAGUGGAAAGAUUCAAAUGAGAAAGUAAUGCCCGUAAAACAGUGGCUUGAAGAAAGAAGAUUCUAUCAGGGUGAAAUGCAACAGCUUCGAGAUAAGCUAGCAGUGGCAGAACGCACUGCAAAGGCAGAAGCACAGCUAAAAGAGAAAUAUCAAUUACGAUUUAAAGUAUUAGAAGAAAGACUUAAAUCCACUCCUCCCAAUGUUACCUCCUCCCGUACUGCAUCAUCAUCAGAAAUAAGAAGUGUCAGCAAUGGGCGUGCUCGCCGGCAGUCAUUUGGAGGUGUUGAAAGCAUGUCCAAACCGUCCUUAAACGGAUCCUUGUCAAGAAAACCCAAUUACUCCCGAACAAACAGUGCUCGAUUUUCAUUGAAUAAAGUAAAUAACAUGCCAACAACUUUGAAUGGAGGUAGCAAAUCAGAAGAAGAUAAGGGUCAACUCUUGGAGAAUUUAGAUGACAAAGAUCACGAAUCUGGAAAUCUGCACACUUUGCAUGAAAAUGGAAACGGGAAAAUUACUGAUAGAACGAAACUGGAGAACGGAGAUUAUGUUUCUGGUGCAGUGUAUGAUAUGCUGCAGAAAGAGGUCAUAGCUUUGAGAAAAGUCUGCCAUGAGAAAGAUCAGAUGGUCAAGGACAAGGACAAUGCAAUUGAGAUGUUGGCGAAAAAGGUGGAUACAUUAAAUAAAGCUAUGGAGAUAGAAGCAAAGAGAAUGAGAAGAGAGAUGGCUGCAAUGGAAAAGGAAGUAGCUUCAAUGCGUAUAGGGAAGGAACAAGAUCAAAAGAUUCGGCAACGUGCAAGUUCUGUUAGGCUGGCUGCAAAUGGUGCUAAUACUGCCUCACGCCUUCACUGAGAUAUUCUGAAGGGAUAACACUCACAUUCUCAUUCAAAUGCAUCAUAGCUUAGUCUCACACGUCUAGAUCCGGUGGUUCAUCUUUGGUUGACUAGCUAGCUGCAAUGGACUUUAGGUGUUCCUAACAUUAUCAUUCAGUCAUGUACAUCUCUGUGUAUAACAUUUUAUUGCCAGUCAGGGUUCAGCAAAUCUUUUGAAAGUGUGCUGUCAAAGAAGGCAGAUGAUAUAGGGAAUGGGGUUUGGCGUGAUUGAUAGUUUGAUACCAAAAAUCAUGUGAAAUAUCGAAACCUAACUUCAAAUCACCUGGUUGCUAACUCAUGUUCAAUUAAUUUUAUUUACGACGG